ACAAGUUACCACCAAGUAUAUUAGAACGAGCAUAUAAACAAUUACUUAAUCAAAAAUGCAAUCCAAUUUCACCAGAUCAAAUUAUAGAAAAGCAUGAUCAAAUUGAAAAUCACUUGCGUAAUGCAUUAAAAGUUUAUGAAAGAUACAAAGCUCGCAAUAAAAAAAAACCAUCAUCUACUUCGUUAUCGAUAAUUUUACCUACUAACAAAUCCAAUCCACUUGUGCAUAGCUCUGAUGAUAUGAUCACGCAAAAUUCAGAUCCUGUAGAAUCUAUCUUAAAAGAUAUGGAACAAUUGCUAGAUACAAAGUCUUAUGCUUCACAGAAUAAAUCUCUGAAUAUUACUUAUACUGAGGAAGAAUUUAAUGCAUGA